AGGAAGCAGACGGACAGCCGUAGACGGGGGAACUACCGAAGGCCGGAGAGGAGCCUUAAUUCUUGUCUUUUCAUCGGCACCAAACACCGAGACCUCACAGAAUGUCGAAGAACACGGUGUCAGACCGCUUCCGGCGAGUAGACGUGGACGAAUACGACGAGAACAAGUUCGUGGAUGAGGAGGACGGAGGAGAAAACCAGCUGGGUCCCGACGAGGCAGAGGUGGAUUCGCUCAUUAGGCAAGGGAAUCUCAUGGAGGCGUUGCAAGCAGUUCUGAAGAACCCACCAAUCAACACAAAGAACCAAAACGUUAAAGAGCGGGCUGAGGGCUUAGUACUGAAAGUGCUGAGCUCCUUUAAGAGCAGCGACAUCGAGAAAGCAGUGCAGUCUCUAGACAAGAAUGGUGUCGACCUGCUGAUGAAAUACAUCUACAAAGGCUUUGAGAGGCCGUCAGAGAACAGCAGUGCUGUCCUCCUGCAGUGGCAUGAAAAGGCCCUUUCAGCAGGUGGAGUGGGCUGUAUCGUGCGGGUGCUAACAGCCAGGAAGACUGUCUAACAGAAGAGCAGAGGACACUUACACUGCAGUAGUGUUCUGGUAUACAAUGUAAUCUAACGGAUGGCACAGGGACAAUAAGAAAAACAGAUUUUUAACCUGUCGUUUCCCAAGGGAGCGCUCUUCACCUUAGACCAGACAUAGAAAGACCACCAAAUCUAGGUCACGUUUGGUUAAAAAUCUUUUUCUCUUUUUUUUGAAUUCUUCUCCCCUUGUACGAUCACAGCCUAUAUGGUAUUCCUCACAGGGUGCUACAUAUGACUUCCCACGCCACAGAUCGAUCUGUGCCGCGCUCCAUAUCUGUUUCAUUGCCUCCAUUUCAUCCAUACACACAUGAUGCACAACAGUUGGUACGAACACAUGACCUAAACUCAGAUGAGCAACUUUUUUCACAACACAUUUGAGAGUAGUGAUAAUCACGAUUUCUGCCAUUUUUAUAACCCAUUGAUUCUCUCAGACACACGUGUGCGUGUACGUACAUAUACACUUAGACACAUGCAUACAAAUACUUUGCACAUAGUAUACAGAUGUUAGGUGAUUUUAGCUUUGUUUCUCAGGAAAAUUCUCAGAAAACGGUCUUCGUUUAUCAUCAUUCUCAGUGUUUCCUUUGCCUCAGUGCUGAUUGGAGACUUCCUGAUGGAAUAAAAGUGUGAUUCUCAGUAAAUCCUCCCCAUUGCUUCUCUCUGAAGCUUUAACAGUAGGAGCCUCCUGAAAAGCGCAGUCGCAGAUGGAAGGUGGUGGAUUUGCUGGGGGGGUUGCCCACUCGCCUAAGGGGGUCUUUCAUAUAUCCAUCCACUCAGCGUGCCCUAGUUGGGGAUUAUUACCCACGAUGCAGCACAUCCUGCUAUCUGUACCGCCACUCUCUUUAAUCCCCCAUUACCCCUCACGUCCUAUGUCUGUCUGUCUCUCUCCCACAUCCACCUUCUUAGACUGUACAGGGUGUUAUGUAGCGCUGCUGUUUACUGGAGGUCGAGUUUUCUGUACAUACAGGAAAACUAUGCAUUACCAUGUUUUUUGUUUUUCUCAGAUUGUUUCAUUUUGGAUUUUGCUCUUCACCAGGAAUGAUAAUCUGGGAUUAUACUUUGUCAUCUCCCUUUGGACCGUCACUGCUUUGUUGUCAUAUUUUUUUCCUUUUCAAAUUCAACCCGGUUUAAGAUAAGGGUUCAGGAGUUUAACAGAAUUACUCUGCUUGUUGUGCAGCAAAGACGGUCAUUAGGGAACUGAUUUUGGCUGCAACCUGAAUGGAGGGUGAUUUUUUAUAUAAAUUCCUAAUCUGGUUUGGUAGACGUAACUUGGUCUCACCCUGAAAACAAAUCUGUAUGAUCCAACGUUUGAGCUUGUUUUAUUUCAAGGGUUUCAUGCCUGUUUUCUAUGUUGUUUACAAGAUGUGUUGGGUUUCUUUCUGAAAGUACUUUUUUUCUUAUCCAGCUCUUCGAUUCACAAUUUAAUUUGGUGUGGAAUAAUCAAAAUAAUAUAGCCAUCCACUCUUUCCAAAGGAGAAUAUACUGUUUUUACAACCACAAACAUCGUCCCUUUCAUACGAUCAGGGAGAAACCCUGGACAUGUUGUCCAAGUCUUGUCUGUCAUAUCUGCUCAUCUGUUGCCAAAUGAUUGAUUUUGCUUUUCAUGGAAGCACUGAAGCAUACAUUGAUGAUUUAAGCAGCCCUUUCAUAUUAGAGAAUAAUUUUAAAGACUAAAAUCAAGAUGCUAAUAUCUAUCUAUCUAUCUAUCUAUCUAUCUAUCUAUCUAUAUAUAUAUAUAGCUAUAGAUAUAUAUAUAUAUAUAUAUAUAGAUAUAGCUAUAGAUAUGUAUAUAGAUCUAUACACACUCUCACACAUGAAAGCCCAGUUUUAAAUAUGUUGCUUUGUUUUGGUCAUUUCCAAUUACUGCUACUUCUGGAAAUAAACCAGUCAUGGGUGCUCCGAAUAGACGUAUGAGGAAAUGAGUUCAUCAUAAAUUCGUUUUUCUGCCUCGCUUGUGUAAGCAUCUAGAGUGAAAAUAACUCGUGGGGUUUCUCUCAAAUGAGUUUGCUUGUGCUAAAUCAGAAAAGCAUUACCCACGUUUUGCUCGUUUAGAUUCACUAGUUAGUGGACAUGGGUUUUCAUGUUUGAAUAUUGUCAUCAGUGGCGAUGCAUUCGGACAUUAGACACCUUUUCUAAUGCAGCAAUGGCUAGAAAAAGACCAGAUUUCUGAAAGCCGGAUGCUUUAUGUUACUUUGUGUAUCUUAGCCACUGAUGCUCUUCAAACCAAGGGUGAAAAUUCAAUGGAACAUACCAAACUGAUGUACAAAAUGCCUUACUCAGAUAUUCCUUUUUUAUGUUGUGCUUUUCUGAUAAAAUAAAAAAGGUACGUAAA